GUCAGUCCGUGAGAGAUGGGCCCGGCGCCGUCAUCGCUGCGUGUCCACGGAGAAUUCCGCAAGUACAUCCGUCAAUGGAACAUAUUGGACGUCAUGGUGGCCCGCAUGAAGUACAAGCUGCUCACGCUGCGGUAUUGCAUCAACAUGGAGCAGCUCUCGAGAAUCCUGGGACGGCAAUUGCCCGACCCUCUUGUCGCGCUGAUCUUUAAAGUGUUUGCACCGAAAAGCAUUCGCGUGUCGCCAGCAGUUCCUGUCGUUGAUGCCUUGGAGGUCUUUGUCGGUCUCAUCUUGGUCUGUCAAGCAACGUUACCUCAAAGAAUUGCCUGUAUGUAUCGCGGAAUCCGUCGUUCCACGCAACUGACACCUUCAAGCAUAGUCAUGUUUGAUCUCGCCGACGUUCAAGGAAAAGGCCAACUGAGCAGCAGUGAAUUGUCUAUACUUCUCGGUGGCGUUGCCCGCAGCAUCGUCAAGAUGACGUCGCCACCGUUUGCCGUGAAUAUGCCAGACACGGCGCAACAGAUUGCCAUAUCGAGCAUCUCCACUCAAGCCAAGCGUGUGGAUGGCAUUGACAAAGCAUCGUUUUGCACGUGGGCGUUGAACAACAUGCUCUUGUCUUCGUAUCUCCGCGCCUGCACGGGGCAAGACCUGCCGCGCAUGUACAUUGGACUUGAGAAGACCAACACCUUUCUCGGGUACGUCGAGUUUGAUUCGUUGCCGCAGAUGAAGGCGACGUCGGUGGACGGAUUGCGCAAGCUGGCGGCGGCGCAGCUGUCCGUGGUACUACCCCCAGAAUUCGCCUUCCUGUCUCACGGUCGACGCGUGGCCAAAUUCAACGAACCCAACGUCAAAGCGUGGAGUUUGAUCCCAUUUGCCCUUCUCGGCACACCUGGCAUGCAUCUCGACGACCCAUCGUAUCGUGGCAAAGCAACGCCCGACGUACCCCACCCAAACGACCGCCCCGCUCAGAUGUUUCAGUUUCGCCAUCACGACCACAUUGUCGAAUCGUACUCGGUGCAUGUCCAAACCAUCCAGCCCGUGAGUAAACACCACCACUUCCGGCUGCGACGAUGUUGCGUGUACUGGCGCCCGAGUCAGUAUUGGUGUGGCGACUGGUUACUCGACCAAUCUCGCCUUGCGUCGACGUCGCGCGCUCGACUUUGCCAUCGAUUGAAAAAGCAACUGCGAUUACCUAUGCGUGGAAUGGUGGUCAAGGACGUACAUGGACGCAUCGUGUCCAACAACCCACGGCUAUCGCAUGUUCAGUCCAAGCUGCGUCUCUUGGCGCUGGAAACCCAGCUGGCGUCCGCCGCUGCCCCUUCGGCCGAUGUGCAGGGCUCGGCGAUGAUUGUCGAUCUGCUGGAAGAUCAAGACUCUAACCACCAGAACAUACCAACAUCCGGCCGCCAUCGUUCACGACUCGUGAAAAGCAAGGUGAAGCACACUAAGGCAAAGUGGCACGUCGUGGAUGGCCACGCGACGCUGCCCAAUGCGUGGUCCAGUACAACCACAACCCUGGCAUUGGAAAGCGACCAGGUGCAGAGUUUCCCCGUGGUGUGGAUUCGGUCCCUGGCCGAGACAUCGUCGCCGCUGGACGACAUGGACAUCUCGCACAAGAACGCGACGGAUUUACUGCACGCGAUCGUCCAAACGCUGGCGGACAAACGAGCGAUCAACGUGCCCGAUGUGCUCGGUCGCACGAUGCUGCAUCAUGCCGCCGUGUACGGCCACUACCGCCUUCUGGACGUCCUCCUCGCCGAGCACGCGCUCGUGAAUGUCGGCGACGCACAGCGCAACACCCCCCUCCACGUCGCAGCGAGUCGCUGUCGAUUGAAAGAAGUCAGCGCGUUGCUCACGAACGGCGCGUCCACGACAGCAUUGAAUGUCCACCACCAACUGCCUCUGCUCUUGGCGUUGUAUGCCGCCCACCGCCAGCGCCACAAGGUCAAGUCCAACGAUGUGCUCACCAAGUACACUGUGAUUGAGCAGGUGGUGGAUCUGCUGUGGGAUCGCACGCCAGCGCAAUGGUGGCAUGUCCCGGAUGCAUACGGCGUGACCAUGUUUGAUCUGGAGCAGUCGAUUUUCGGCGACAUAUUCCAAGCCGCCCGCGCGGGUCUUGUGCCGCGGAUCCAACACUUGAUCGAGUCGAGAAAAGUGUCAGACAUCAACACUCCCAUGUCGGUGCUGCAGCGAACGGCGCUGCAUGAAGCGUGUGAGCGGGGCCGGUACAACGCAUGCGACUACUUGAUUCGCCAUGGCGCCGAUGUGUUUGCCACAGACCUGCGUGGGUCCACGCCACUCCACGUGGCCGCUCGCCGUGGAUUUGACAAAAUCGUCGAGCUGGUCGUGCAUCAGUACCCGAAAUCCACGCUCUUGCAAGACAUCAACGGCAAAACAGCACUUCAUUUGGCCAUCGAAGCAUCCAAGUCAAGUGUGGCGUUGUACCUGAUCCAUCGCAUGUCCAACGUGCACAUCCAAGACGCCUUUGGGUACACCCCGCUGCAUGUGGCUUGUUUGAUGGGCAAGCAGGACGUGGCCUCGGCGCUCUUGGCCGCGGGGGCCAGUCCAGCCACGAAUCGACUGUUGAUACCUACACUCCCCACGGACGCCCCCAAGAACCGGUUGAAGUCGCCCCACUUGCUCGGGUUGUAUUGGAAACGCCACAUGGGCACAACCAUCAUGAUUGAGCACAGUGCCGAAUGUUUGCUUCGAGGGUGGGCCGUCCAGUUGUUUACGCCCCACUCGGCAGCGUACUUUGAACUGUUCAAGCUGUUGCUGCACACACCCGGAGGAUGGUCGGUCUUGUCCACCGACUGCCAGAACCAGCCCAUGGCGCAUCACCUCGUGGCGCGGCUCGCAGACAACUCCAGUGUGGUUGUGCAAUGCCUGGAUGAACUCGCGAAAGCGCAACUGCUGUCGAUCAACAACUUGGACCCCCAAGGCAACACCCUCCUCCUCCAAGAAUGCAAACGAGUAUGUCGAACGAAUCACCAGUCGCUCGCGGUAGUUCGAUGCCUGCUUCACUACGGCGCCAACCAGAACUUGCCCAACAACGCCCGCGAGUCCCCGCUACUGUGUGCCGCCUUUUAUGGCCAUGACGCGCUGCUGGAGCUGCUGCUGGACACGGUUCCGCCAGACUUUGCCUCGAAAAGUGCACAGGUCGCCAACUCGCCCCUCCACUUGGCGUGCCUUGGGGGCCACCUCACGACAAUUCAAAUUCUGCUCGCGAGUGGAGCGGUGCUGAAUGCCUGUGCUGAAGAAUCUCCACUCUGUUAUGGGAUUCGAUCUGGCAAACCCGACGUGGUGCAGCUUUUACUCCACCGUGGCGCAGACGUCAACGUGUGGUGCCCGCUGUCACGUUCCGUUGGCAUGUUUGGCCACCAAAGUCGACUGCGUGAACCGAUGGACAUGGGGUCCCCGUUGACAUUGCUGUUGCAUCUCGUGUCCACUCGAGUGUUUCAAUCUCCAACGUACGACAUGCCACCGACCCAGCCGGAACUCCUCGCCGAAAACCAGCACAUGUACUUGUCCAAGGAAGAAUUUGCCCACCGGGAAAUAUGGCGAACUUGGCAAACCAUCGGCAACAUGCUGGGCACGAAACUGCAGGACGUGGACGCAGCCGUCAAAGUGCAUGUGUAUGCUUCAGACAUUGCCAAAGCGUGCGAAUUGGGGUUUUGGGCACUUGCGAGUCAACUCUUGGCCGCGCGACAUAUUCCUUUUCCCCGCGUAUGCGACGACGUCGACGUCAAAGAAGCCAUCCACUACGCCGCCGCCGCCGGCCAGACCGCGAUCGUCUCCGCCCUCAUCGCAAGCGGAGUCAACCCGAACGUCAAAGUCAAGCAUGUGACAAGGCCGCUGGGAAUAGCCCGCCGUGUGCAGCCAGCCAAGUUUGCAGUUGGGCCCUUGUAUUUCGCAUACUCCCGGGGCCAGUUGGUCACCGCCGCCAAGUUGCACUUGCUGGGCAGCUCGGUUGAGAGUCUGCCGAGAUUGCGCCGUGCGAUCGUGCUUGACGGGGGUCUCAAUGGCUGGAUGAAGCUGCAAUACGUGGUCGGGAGACGCCUUGACAGCCAGCAGUUCAGCCAACACGUCAGCAUGGUGCGGCAGCUGGAAUUCGCCACGCGUGUGCAGUGGACGCUGGUGCACGUGGCGUGUCAGCGGGGCUCCCUGGACCUGCUGCAAUUGUACGUCAAAGCUGGCAUGUCACUUCACGACAUCACGCCCAACCACGGCCAUACGCCGUUGACGCUGGCCAUCCAGUACGAGCACUUGACGUUGGCGCAGUGGAUUUGCAACAACCAUGCCGCCGCAGUGCAAGUCAAAGCCCCUCACUUGCCCCUUGCGACAGCGUGCGGACUACCCGCUCAGUCUGACGUAAAACGUCCGCUUGUCCGUCAACUGUUGCACCAGAACCUCGUCGCAGUUUCCGACAUGGGUGGGGACGGCCAUACUGCUCUCGACCGUGCUGCGCUCGUUGGGGACUCUGUCGUGGUGGACCAGCUGCUUAGCGAAGCGCAUGCCAAGCCCACAGUGCGCACCGUCGUCGCGGCGCUCAACGGCCACUGCGACGACGUUGUCCAGCGAAUCACAACGUCGUGGCACAGCAUGGAAGGAGCCACGUUUGACCACCUGUUGCGCAUUUUCAUCCUCGCGUCGUCGCAGAGCCAGUGGCCGUUGCUACUGCAUCUGUUGACAUUGUCGGAUUCUGCAGUGGAUCCUGUGGCCACGUGGAUUCGACGGGCGGCGUCGUGUUGUUUGAUUUUGCACCGAGCGGCUGCCGCCAACCAAACGAACGUGGUGAAGCGGCUGCUUGGGCAAGGCGUGCCGGCCGAUUUGGUCGUGGUGGAAAUACCUGGUACAAAGUCCCCUCUCUGGUACGCUUCGAUCCACGGAGCCCUGAAUUCGUUUUUGGCGCUGGCGUUGCACUUGCCCCAUCAUCAGUCGUGUCUUCCAGCGAUCUUGCAACAUCGAGCCCAUCAUACGUGGACGCUGAACUGCUUGUCGUUGCCACUGCACUCGAUCGACAUGACCGACGUGGUUCGAAUCGGGGGCUACGAAACGUGCACGUGGCGGAACCUGUCUGGGUUUUCGUGCUACCAAGCUGAAUCGACCAAACCAUUGCGUAUCAUCCACCGCUGCAUCCAGUACUGGAUUGCCCAUUUGCAGCACCAGCCUCUGAAUCAAGACAACCAAACGCUGCUGCACUUGGCAGCGAAAGCAGGAGACAUUCCAACCAUUCACGCGCUGGUCCAAGCUGGAGCGGCCCUGGACGUGGUCAAUAACCACAUGCAAUCGCCUGCGAUGGUGGUCGCGCAACGCUGUGACGCCACAGGAACUAAAGUCCUAGAGUACCUGUGGCCGUUGUUGUCGGACGAACAGAAGGCGAAAACCUGCCAAGCGUGCACGCAAAGCAGCCCUAUCAACCUCGCGACAUUAAGCUGGUGUUUGCAAGAAACCAAGUUCUUCAAAGGCAUGCACUACGCCCCAGCCAUUCUGUCUGGCCAGGCUCGAGCUGUCGACCUCUUGCUUGCAGCGAGUAUUCCCCUCGAGUUUACAGCGUGGCCAAACCUCGUGUUGGUUCUUCAAUCGCGUCAAGGCAAACACUGUCAAGGCCUGAUGACGUCGUUGCUGGCCGUGCUGGACGUAUCCGUUUCAUUGCCAGUGGUGGCCAGCAUCGUGGUUGCUGCUGCCAGCUUUCAUUGGUGGCACAUUGUACUUCAUUUGCUGCAGCUGUUUAGUAUCCCACUGACAAAAGCGCUCAAUCAAAAUGACAGCUCCAAACGUCGUCGGUCGGUUCUCCAUCUUGCCGUCAUAUGUGGCCAGCAUCAUGUCGUACAGCAUCUGUUGCAGCAAGGAUCGAAGAUAACGACUGACAGCAAAGGACAAACUCCCCUGCACUUGAUUGCCUGGAUUGGGGACUUGGGGCUGUUCCAGGUAUUCACUCGAUGCGUACCGGCCGACCAACUCGUCGCUGCUCUCAAUGUCAAGGAUUCCACAGAGCAUACUGCGCUUCACGUGGCUGCCAUUCGAGGUCAUUUGGCCAUCUUGGAAGCAUUUCAAGCCGCCGGAGCGAGCGCUGAACUGCGCACGGCCAAGGGGUGGACGGCGGCAUUGCUCGCUGCCAAAUACAACCAGUUGCAUAUUGUCAUGAAGUUUGUGUUGCAAAAACCGGCUGCCGUGUUACUGGAAACUCUGCAAGGCGAAUCCAUCACGGUCGUCGCUGCCAAAUACGGCGCGUUUCGCGUAGUCAGUUGGCUCGUCUUGACGCUCAAUAUGACCCCCCCAGACAUGCAAGCGCUUGUGUCGAUGGAUGGUCGAACACUGGUCCACUACGCCGCUUUGUACAGCCAGCUGUCGUUCUUGACCACCCAUAGCUGCUUGAACCAAACCAUCAACACCAAGGAUUCAUACGGGUGUCUGCCGCUGCACUAUGCGCUCAUGCAAGGUCGAGUGGAAGUGGUUCAAUACCUGUGCUGGAACGGCAGCCACGUCCACGGCGCCAUCCAGAGCCCGUUGUUGAGCUCCGAUUCGUUUGACAUUGCCAUGCUCUUGGGGUGGUCGCCUCUUCCUGGCUGGUUUUCCCACCUCUUGACGUCCAACGCUGGGCAAUCGGCACGACAGCCGCCCACUAGUGCGACGCGCCAUUUGAAUCUCCGCACGUGGCCAUUUCCGUCGACGUCGCUUUUGGAGUUUGCCGCUGCCUCUGGCCUCAUGACCACCGUCUCGUACGUGCUGAGCAUCUUGCGGUACAUGCCCAUGCUGUGCGCGGGAACGUUGGAAGUCCGCCAGCGCAUUUUCAUGACGGCGGUGGCUCGGAAUCACGUCGACGUGGUGGACAUUCUGUUGACGUCCGACAUUGUCCACACGAUUGAAGACCCUCUCGACCACACCCAAGUGCAAUCCCAGUACUUUGGGGACUUCAUUGACAUUGCCAUUCAGCAAUCCGCCCAUCGCGGCCUCGAAGCCAUGACGUUGUGUCUGCUGCGCCAUUGGAAGGGGGUGGGGCUGACCCGUGCCCCUGCUGGGACCGACGUUGUGCCCUCGUGUUUUGACUUUGCCUUUCAGUUUGCCGUGGUGCUCCAACACGCGUGUAUCUAUGGCCACCUCGAUUUGAUCCGCUAUUUGGUCGUCCGAGGGGGAGCUACCAUCUUGGGCUACCGCGUGGACGAAGGCCCGGCGUUGGUGUACGCCUUUGCGUUUGGGCAGCUUGAUGCAGUGCGGGUGUUGAUGCAACUCGGCGCUGAAAUCAGUGCGCUGGAUACGUACCACGCCCCGUCCCUCAAGCGCUGGUUCGAAUACAAGGAACCAAGUAUGGUGCAAAUUGAAUGGCAAGUUGCCAGUCCGAUUCUACGACGACGAAGACCAAGUUUCUGUGGGCCAGUCGAGCAAUACGAAGUUCUGGAGCGCUUGCCCAAAGACAUGCUGGAAACCAUUGUGAAAGCCUCGAUAGGAAGCGUAUAAUACUUGCCCAAGCAUGCUGCCAGUAGUGAAAUCGACGAGAUAACGGUCCGACCUUUGAACACAGUCGAGUCUAUUGAUAAUAAAUCGUACUGCAAAGCACUUGGCUUGCAUCCUGG